UUACCAACACUGAAUUUAUCCAGUCCAGUUGGAGUUUUUCAGUGUUCUUCGACGGGUGCGAAAAAUCGUUGGUGCGCAGUAGAAAAUCGAAUAAACCUUUCCCACAUAACGAUUGAAACACUUGUAAAAUGUCUGGCAAAGAUAGAUUACCGAUUUUCCCGUCGCGUGGCGCCCAAAUGUUGAUGAAGGCCCGUCUCGCUGGCGCUCAAAAAGGCCAUGGUCUGCUUAAGAAAAAAGCGGAUGCAUUGCAGAUGCGAUUCCGCAUGAUUCUGGGCAAAAUCAUUGAGACAAAAACGCUGAUGGGCGAGAUUAUGAAAGAGGCGGCCUUCUCGCUGGCCGAGGCCAAGUUCACGUCCGGCGACAUCAAUCAGGUGGUGCUGCAGAACGUGACCAAGGCCCAAAUCAAGAUACGCACCAAAAAGGACAACGUCGCUGGCGUUACGCUGCCUGUCUUCGAGUCCUAUCAGGAUGGCGCCGAUACUUAUGAAUUGGCUGGCCUGGCUCGCGGUGGCCAGCAGUUGGCCAAGCUAAAGAAGAACUAUCAGAGCGCCGUGAAGCUGCUCGUCGAGCUCGCCUCGCUGCAGACGUCGUUCGUAACGCUGGACGAUGUGAUCAAGAUCACGAAUCGUCGUGUGAAUGCCAUCGAGCAUGUCAUCAUACCGCGCAUCGAUCGUACACUGUCCUACAUCAUCUCGGAGCUGGAUGAGCUGGAGCGUGAGGAGUUCUAUCGCUUGAAGAAGAUACAGGAUAAGAAGCGAGAGGCCCGCAUCAAGGCAGAUGCCAAAAAGGCGGAGCUCCUCAAGCAGGGCAUCGAUGUGCGCCAGCAGGCGAAUAUACUCGAUGAGGGCGAUGAUGAUGUGCUCUUCUAAGUAUUAACCACGCCAUUAGUCUGUCUAUCUGUAUUCCAGACAAUACGUUAUUGUUAUACCGUUCUGUUUCCAUUUUAAAUCCGAGAAAAAACUAAAACACAAUUACUUUUAUUGUAUGUACAAUUUUAGCUGCUGGCAACUUUGUAAGCUUAAAGUAUGUAGUUUAAUUCCAAUAAGAAAUGAUUGUAUUCCAUUUUGUAGUUAUGUAGCGCUCAAAUCAUGCAUUAAAGUUUUUGUUGUUCAUAA